AUUUACGAUAUGAUUCAUGUUUAAUAUUCUCAUCCGUUCUAUUUAUUUUCUACCGCAAAAAAAUUCAAGCUCCAAUGCUCAAUAGAUUGGUGACUAACGGCCUUCUCCACCUGCUCGCAGUAAAAGUAGCGUUAAGACCGAAAGAAGUACCUACUUAAUACACAGUGCUUUAAAAGUAGUAAUAGUAGUUGUAGUAGUAUUAAUAGUAGUACUAUUAUUAAUUGUUAUUAUUGUGUAGUAAUUAAUAGUAAUAGGUUAGACCACGUACUACAACACUUAGUCGUUCGUGAUGCUCGAUUAACGUUAAUAUAACAUAACUACAUAUAUGUAGGUAUAUAAUAAUAUAUAUUAUGCACAUUUCGUAUUCCCGCAGUUCUCGAAAUCAUUGACAAAAUGAGGUAACUGAUACAGUGUUUCCUACACAAUUUCUGUUGUAUUCAACACCCACCUAUCUAAUUACAUUACCAGUCAUAAUCAUGGAUCCUAAGAUACAACCUUCUAGCAAGUAUUUUCCAGGUAAUUCUUAUUGUCAAGUACAAUAUUUAUUUUUUAUAAAUAAGUAUAUACUUAUAUCUUAACUAUUACUUUGUAAAAAUUAUGAAUUAGAGAAAAAAGAUAAUAAUUAAAUACUGUAAAUAAUAGGUACUAUUUUAUAAAUUGACUUAUUGUUCAAAGAUUUCAAUUGGUUUUCCUUUUAUUUCAUGUUAUUGGUCAGAAAAAGUACUUAUGCAUAUUUAGUUCUGGUAUAAUUUAUUGAGUUUAUUUCAAAUUCUAACCUUGCCAAUGAAAAAAAUUAUAAAUACCUUUAUUUUUUUGUAUUUAUUAUUUUUACAAAAAAUCUAUAAACCAACUGUUAUUUAUAAUUUAUAAAUGUAUAGGUAGUAAUAGAAAUAUUGAGUUGGCAGGUAACAAAACCAAAAAAGGUAAUUGGCGAUAAAUGUGUAUGAUUUUUCUGCUAUAUAAAUUAUAUCUAAGUGGGUGUUUUCUACUUUCCAACUCGUAUUACAUAAUCAUACGAGUAUAUUUGAAAUGUAUAAAUGGUCUGUAUGGUUUUGCUAUCAUUUAUUUAUUUGUUUUUAACCCAUUUUGAAAUUUGUAUUAAGAUCUUUCAAUUAUAUGUUCCAGAACUUAAAAGUUGCCCUUAAUUUUGGUUUAAACAUCUAAUAUUAUCUAAAUUGGUAUUUUUUCACUAUGUACAUUAGUUUUAAAAUACUUCUGUAUUGAUGAAAUAUAUUUUUUUUAAAUUGUUUAACCCACCAUCAUUAAAGUUUUUGAAUUUUUGGAUACAUCUGCUGUAAAAUUACUUAGACAUAUAAAUAUUGUCUAACAAGUUUGAAAGUGCUGUAUAGUGUACUAAUGGUUUUAAAUUUGUAAAUAUUCUGUUUCUGUAAAUGUUUUAUAACCUAUACAAAUAUUAGAUGAACAUUUUGUAUAAGUAGUUUACUUUAAUUAAUAUUUUGGUUUUAUUAUACCACAUUAUUCUUUAUUCCAUAUUUUUUUUAAAUAAAAAUUAUAGGUUAUAAUUUAAAACCCAAAAGUUAAUGUUUAGAUACAUAAAAAAUAGAGGUGUAUUUUGAAUAUUGUAUAAGUAUACAUAAUACAUAAUUUAAAUUAAGCAACAUUUAAUUAAUAACAUAGGGAAUCGCUGGUUCAAAUUAAUGAAAAUUAUUAAUUAUUUAUAAAUAUUUACACAAUUUUGUUUAAAAUAAUGACAUAGGUAAGUCAUGUGUGAUUUAGAUUACUAAAUACCAUUUUAUUAAAUGCAAAUGAAAAUUAUAUCAUUUAAAAACUUGUAACAAUAAUAACUAUAUGACUUUGCUCAAAACCCAAAAUGAUAAAUAAAUGCCAAAAUGAUUCUAUCUUGAACAGGUGCUCUGAAAAAAAAUGUUAUAUUAAUAAUGCCAUUUAUGUUAUUGAAAAUACUAUUAUAGUGAUUAAGUAAUGACAUUUUAAACAGUUUUUACUGUAUUAUUUUUGAAAUACAAAUAUUAACUGAGUUAAUAAAUGAACAUGAUAUGUUUAAUAUAACAAUUUUAUGUUUAAAUAAAUCAACAUAGUAACAUUUAUUUAUGGGCCAUGUUUUUUUAUUAUUUAGUAAAUAUAUUAAACCAACAAUGUAUGUAUUUCCUAGUUAUUAUUAUUUCAGUUGCUAUGACUGAUAAUGAAGAGCCAUAUCCUAGUCUUUCUGAUUAUCAUGAUUAUGAGCCAAACUUAGAAUUUGAUGAUACCGAACUACAAAGUCCAACAGCAGAUAUUGGUAAAUUGUAUAUAUAAUAACAGUAUUACCUUGAUUAUUAAAUCAUAAAUAAUUUGUGUUAUUUUCUUUAAGAUAUGGAGAAAAGUUUAGCCAAUGUAAAUGGAACUGGAGGAACAUUAGAUUACAUGGAAUCUCCAGUUUCUGAUGGUACUAUUGAAGAAAAUUUUGAAGAGGAACUAGUAAAUGCUCCUCAGGUUGUUGAAGGAAUAACAUCUGUGAAUGAUAAGGAAACAGGCAAUUUAUUAGAUGAUUUGGAAGCGGAUGAUGUAAGUGUAAUAAUUAUUAGAUCAACUAUUUUACAUUACAUAGUUUUUAAUAAUCUCUUUUUUUUUUUUAGUCUAAAGAAGAAGAAGACUUUAGUGAUGUGGCUAAAUAUGGGGUAGUUGAUGUUGUUGGUGAUGAUGCAGUUGGCCGUAAAAUCAUUGUAGUGUCAGCUUGCAAAUUACCUAGCAAUAAAGAAGUUGACCAUCCAAGACUUCUAAGGUUUAUAUUUUUGUUUAAAAUACAUUUAAUAAAAAAUGUUUGUAAUACAAAUACACAUUUUGUGUUAUUAAUAAUAUUUCAUUAAUAAAUAAUAUAAAUUUUUCCUUCUUCAACUAAUUAAUUUUUGUUUAUCAAUAAUAGGUACUUAAUGUACACUCUGGACAAAUUUGUGGAACAAGACUACAGCUUGGUCUAUUUUCAUUAUGGGUUAACAAGCAAAAAUAAACCAACAUUGUCAUGGCUGUGGCAAGCAUAUCGUGCAUUUGAUAGAAAGUACAAAAAAAAUUUAAAGGCUCUGUAUUUAGUACACCCAACUGGUUUUAUUAAAGUGGUUUGGCAACUCUUCAGAGCUGUUAUUAGGUAACUUAGAUUGAAGAUUGAAUAUGUAUAUAAAAUUCUAUAUAAAUAUUUUGUUCAACCAUGUUAUAGUGCAAAAUUUGGAAGAAAAAUUAUGUAUGUUAAUCAUUUACAAGAAUUGAAACAACACUUAGACUUAGACCAAUUGAAUAUUCCAAUACCAGUUUUAGAGUAAUAAUGAUUUUAUUUUAUUUUGAUACAUUCAAAAUAUUAUUAAUUUGUUGUAUUAUUUGAAUUUCAGUCAUGAUGAAUUACUUAUGAAAAAAAUAAAUAAAGGAAAAGUAUCUCAAGUAGACAUUGAAACUGAACCAAAAUCUGAACCAUUACCAACUCAACAAUUUGGUGUAUCAUUACAAUUCAUUAAAGCAAACAACGAUGGAGAAAUAAUUCCUCCACUGGUACGAAAGUGUGUCGAGUACCUUAGUCUACCAGAUGGUAAUUUCAAUAUUUAUUACCUAAUGCUGUUAAGAUAUUGCAAUUAUAUUUGUUUACAUAUGCAGCACUAGAAACUGAAGGACUGUUUAGAAGAUCUGCUAACAUUAACCAUGUAAGAGAUUUACAGAAUCGUAUUAACGUUGGUGAACCGGUUGAUUUUGGUAAUGAUGUGCAUCUUGCAGCAGUUUUAUUAAAAACUUUUUUGCGAGAACUUGAAGAACCUUUAAUGACAUUUGAUUUGUUUGAUGAGAUAACACAAUUUCAAAGUAAGGCAUUUAAAUAUUCAAUAUUAUACCAUAAUUACGCCAAUUUUUGAGUAAUCAUAUUUCCCUGUUUUAAAAGAAUUAUUUAUUUUUUCCUCUUUAUAUUCCAUUAUCCCAAAAAAAAGCCAAACUCUAAGUCAAUUUGUUUAAUGCUUACAAAAAAAUUUUGAUUUAAUGAAUAUAAUUAAAUUUGUUUAGCACUUCCAAAAGAUGAGCGUCCUAGACAAGUGAAAAUUUUAAUUUUGGAAAAACUGCCCCUUGAUAAUUACCAUUUACUCAAAUAUCUUAUACAAUUUUUAUCAAAAGUAAGUCAUUUAAGUUUUAUAUUUAGUUAAAAUUUAAUUUAUAUAACUUUUUUUUAUUAAUGAUGUACUAUCAGCUCUUAGCUCACUAAACAUACGUACUUCAACCCAGAUGACAUAUCCACUCAAUAUUUGUACAAUUGUCGCUAUUCUAUUGAUUUUUCUAUCUAUCUACUGUUCAAAAAUUCACUAGACUCAGGAGUUUUCCCUAUUUUUUGAAAAAUAUCCAAAAGUGUUGCCUUCACUUCCUAUUUAUCAAAAGUAAUAGAGCACGGAGGUCAGGUUGAUGUCCUCUUUACAGAUUUUAAUAAAACAUUCGACACAGUAGACCAUGGUCUUCUAAUAAUGGUGCUUAAGUCUUUAGGAAUUGAUAAUUCCCUUCUUUCUUGGUUAUUCUCUUCACUAGCAGAAAACAAUUUGUACAAAUUAAAAAUGUUGUUUCUCGGUUAAUCGAAAUACCUUCAGGUGUCCCUUAAAGAGGUCACCUUAGUCCUCUUCUAUUUAUUCUAUUUGUUAACACGGUUACCAAAUGGAUCACAAAGGCUAAUCUUUGCAGAUGACAUACAAAUUUUCUUCAAAAUCAAUAAUCUUAAUCAAUUUCUUGAACUUCAAUCCAAACUUUUGGUCUUAGCCUUAAUACAAAUAAAUGUCAUAUUAUAACUUUUUCUAGACAACAAUCUCCUAUUCAUCACAACUAUUCUUUUAAUGGCACCACUCUUGACAGUUUUUUUCAACAUAAAAAUCUUGGUAUACAUUAUACUCCGUCUUUAAACUUUGAACAUCACUUAAAUGUAACCGUAGGUAAAGCAUUAAAAGUCUUGGGUUUAAGCGCAACACCAUUCAUUUUUCUUCUGCUCGUUGCCUCCUGGUAUUGUAUUUCACAUUAGUACGUUCAAUAUUAGAAUAUAGAGUGGUAGUAUAGCAUCCUUACUUGACUAAAGAUGAAUUAAGACUUGGGCGUGUCCAAAAUAGGUUUCUUUCCUACACAGCCCAUAUCCUUAAAAUAGUAGACCUAUCACAUAACUUCUCCUUAAUUCGUAGUAUAUUGGAAAUUCCACUACUUUCAUCUCACCAAAAAAACAUUGACAUGCAAUUUAUUUCUUUACUCUUAAGAAGCACCACAGAUUCUUCUGAUCUAACAAAUGUAAGUUUUCGUAUCCAUUUCUUCUUCUCCAGACAUCACUCAUUCUUCCUAGUACCAGUCCAUAGUACAUCAUAUGGUAAUAACCACCACUUACAUAGAAUGCUUUGUAAUUUAAAUAACCUUAAUUUUGAUUUCAACCAAAAGUAAUUAAAUGUAAGACUAGUUGUAAUGUUUUUAUAUUUAAUUUAAUUUUUUUUUUGUAGGGUGGUAAUAUAUUACCAUCUAAUUUGUUUUUUGUUGUCUCUGCAUUAUUUCCAUUGUUACUGUGUAUUAUUAGUAUUAUAUUAUAAAUAACUGUUACUUGUAAACCAAACCCUAAAUAUAAUCAUAAAAUGGCAUUUAUAAAUAAAUAAAUAAAGUUGUAUCUAUAUUGUGCCAAGCAAAUAAAUGCCAUGGGGCUCUAGUAUUCACCUAUGUUUAUUUGUUGAAAAAAAUUAAAGUGUGUAUUAUAUAACUUAAAAUAAUUGUAUUUUAUGUAAUAAAUACACUAUGUACCUAAUACUUAAUAAUAUUAUUGCUAUAAUAUGAAAUAUAACGCUUGUUGUGAUGCUUUUUUUUUAAAUUGUAAUAUAUAAUUUCUAUUAUUAUAUUUUUUAGGUAAUGGAUAGAUGUGACCUGAAUAAAAUGACUUCAUCUAAUCUAGCAGUUGUUUUUGGUCCAAAUUUAGUGCGUAGUCCCAAUAGUCAGUUAUCAUUAGCUGCGAUUGGCCCAAUCAAUGCUUUUACUGAUUUUGUACUUGUCAAUCAUGACCAAAUAUUCAUCAUAUGAUGACAGUAGAGAACUUGUAAUGUACUCCGUAUGUAUUAUUUUGUAUUAUGUAUUAUUUUUUCAACCUAUGACACAUGAUGUUUUAAUGUUAACAUUCCAAAACCUUAAUCAUUAAUUUGGUUUACAUUACCACAAAUAUUAUUAAAACUGAUAAUUUAGUAAUUAAUUUUUUUUUUAUCUCACUGAUGAGUAUUUUCAUUAUUUAUUUUUAUUAGUUUAAUUUUUUUUUUUUACUUUACUAAACUUACAAGUUUAAUUAAAAGUGUACACACAAAUUAAUCAAUAUUUCAAGAAUAUAAUGUGAAAAUUGUAUACCUUAUGAUGUAUUCAUAAUAAUUUAACAUCAAAUAAUAUUUUGUUAAAACUGAAAAUUGCGCAACUUUAUAUGCUUCUAAACAUAUUUUAUGAUUAGAAUAAUUUUAAAUAUAAAGUGAUUGCUAUUAUACUAUUUUUAUGUCCCUGUAGGAAAUUUUGUCUAUGGUUCGUGAAUUAUUCGUUUAGUUAAAAAUAGAAAUUCCUGUAUUCUUAAGCAAAAUUAUUUGGUAUAGAUGGUUUGUGGUUUGUGCUAUUUUAUAUGAUUGUUUUCCAACAUGAAAUUUGUUUAUUUACCAUAAUACAUAAGCAAUAAUAUAAUUUGUUUGUUGAUUAUUAAUAAUUAUAUAUUUAAUUAUCUAAGCAUUGUAUUUUUGUAUUCUAAUACAUGACAUCAAAUUCAAACUUUUUAACUUAUUUUUCUGAUUUUCUGAUUUUAUUUUUAUUUAUUAAAAAAAUAAUUGUAUAGAAAAUUGAGUUGUCAAUGAAUAGCUAGUGUUCACAUUAUUAAUUGAAGAAUUCAAUUAAAAGCAUCACUGCACUAGGUAACGGGUACCUACAUAAUUUAAUUUUUAUUCAGAUAAUGUUUAUGCAUAACUUACUGAUGUACUUUUAUGCAAUAACAAUUUAUUUUUUAAUAUAUAAUAGACUUAUUUGUUAUGAAACAUACCUGCUUAAAGCUGUAGACAGCAAUUUGAGCGAUAGAUAAAACAGGAUGUCAUACUAUUAUUUUUUUAUUGAUAAACUUCUACUUAGUGUUCUUGAAAAAUCUAAGCAAAUAUAUAUUAUUAAUUAUUGUACUUGUUUGUAUGCAAAUUGUAAUCAGAUCAUGUAUACAUCAUAAUCUUUAUAUUUUUAUAUAUCUCUAUAGUUUGUGUAUAGAAUGAGAGAGCCUGUAUUCUAAUUUACAACUCUUUGUAUAAUAUCUCGAGUAAGACCAUUGUUUACGUUAAAAUAAAUUUAUCAAUCUUCCUACAUAUUAUAAGUCACUUUGUCUAUUGAAAAUAGUUAACUAUAUUAAUAAUAUAAUUACAUGAGUUUAAAAUUUGUUUAUUUAAAUGUGCAAAUCAGUAAUUUUUACAAUUAUUAAUAUCAUUUUUAAGACAGUUAAUUUUGAACUGUAUAAACAAUCUCAAAUUUUUAAUGAAAAAUAUAAAAGCUAAGAUGAUUUCCUAAAUUAGAUUAUUAAUACGUAAUUUGUAGAAGUUAUUUUUAUUGUAUUUAUUCUUUAACAAAGUAUCUUGCUUAUUGAUUGCAAUGAAUACUUGUUGAAUAUGUUUGACUAUAUCAUAAUUAUUACAAAAUGUCAAAUUGCUUUUAAUUUAGAAUUAUAAAAAAAAAAACUCGUCUGGAAAUCAUAUUUGUAUACCAAAGAUUUUAUGUAUUAUUAUUAUUAUAAUUAUAUAUAUAUAUAUAUUUUUUUUUUUAAAUUUUAAGUUUAUGGAAAAUAAUUAUUAAUUAUUAUCGAAUGUUACCUAAUUUAUGUACAGACAAUUAAUGCAUCCAUCUAUUCUGGUCAAAUAGUUUAUAAUUGAAAUUUAGUGAUAUUUAUAUAUUAUUGUUUUAAUUAUUUUAAUCCAUUUCAGGAGUUUUUGUACACAAUAAAGUAUAUCAAUAUUGUUG